AUGUGGGCCAACAUCGAGUGGACCCCGGCGACGGUGGCGGUUAUCGCCGUAGCAGUGGCGAUUUUGUUGGCAAUUAAGUAUGUCGAAUACACCCGUGACGUGCCCCUCCUCUAUCUCCAGCAACAGCUGGCAGUGGACGCUACUCGGACCCUGGGUGAACUGGCAAUCUACAAGAGCGCCAAGCUCGGCGCCGGCCAGCACUUGAGAGUGGGGUUGGACAUUCGCUACGACCACUACAAGCUCCGCCAAGGUAACUUACGUGACAUCUGGGCCCUCCGCGUGAAACAGCCGGGAUCACUUGCCGUCGGUACCGACACCAUCAGCUACGCCGUGAUCAACGCCAUGGCUAAACACAUUGAACCGCAAAUUAAAGGUCGCCAACAGGUGGUGUUUCACCCCAACCAGGUAUUGGCACUGGUGGCGCUGGUGGCGUUGAUGGUGGCUUGCUUUAACAACCAAGUGACGGUGACGAUUGAUCCCACUACUCCCUGCGACCUUGACGAGUUCAAUGUCACCGAUUGUGAUGCCGACGACAAGUUUGAUCCCGAAUAUACCACUGAAUCUGACCGCGGGAUCGCUCUCAGAGUGGUGACCACAGGUAAUUGGGGCCGCACCGUUGUCGAAUUUACUCAGCUUAAUUUGGUCAGUGCGGUUGCGUCUACGUUGAAACACCUUCCUGAAUCCCAACAGAUCCAUCCAAAAGACAAGUUCCUGGUGGUAUACAACCCAAAUCUCCCCCUGGACCAUUUGCUCAACGUAUUGACGAAAUGGUUAACUUCAUCAGUGGCAGGUUGUUCUAAGGUUUGGGUGGGUUCCACUCACCCUCCACACGAAACCACCAUCUUAUCCCUCCCGGAAGAACGAGUGGAAGAGUACGCUAAGUCUGUGCCGUCCACUGGGCUUGGUUUCAGUAUCCGUUAUCUUGGUUAUAGCCUUGGAAAGCAAUUGUUUGCUUCGGGUCCGCUUAAACUUGUUUACGUUGACAAGUCGCUUACGGCAAAGCCUCAUAUCACCGACUAUAACCGCAUUCGGGCUCAGCUUGGCGCCCGAGUAGUUUCGGAAAGUGGCGUUUACAAUAUCGUGGGUCCAGUUUUGGCCACCGAUAUCUUCGACUACCGCAAGGUUAUGGUUCCGAACCUUCUCAGCUAUGGGGCUAUCAGCCAGUCGUUGGAAAUCAAGUUAACCAAUUAUCACAAUAACGAAGGCACCCUCAUGGUUCGUGGCUACACCAUCGGCAAGACUGAGGUGAAGGAGCAAAAGACAACCACAUUGAAGCAAGCGGACGGGUUUAUGCCCAUUCCUGCCGUUGGUAGUUGGGGCUCUGAUGGUUGUCUCUAUGUGGUAGGGUGA